AUGAACGAUUGUUACUCUGAUAAAGAAGAUAAUGAAGAAUAAAACUAAAUUGCUCAAGAAGAGAUCUUUUUAGUAGAAAUGCUUGCAACUGAGGGAGUUAACAAUAAUGAAAUACAAAAGCUUAAAAAGAAUGGAAUCCUUUCACUCAAAUCUUUAGUUAUGAACACAAAGAGGGAUCUUGUUAAUAUCUAUGGAAUUCCUGAUAAUAAAGCUGAUUCAUAUGUCAAAAAAGCUUCAGAAAUAUUAGCUCGAUCUGAAAACAGCAGGUUAUUCAGCAGUGAGUUUGUUCUCGGUACUACUGUACUAUAAAGAAGGAGUUAAAUAAGAAGAAUAUCAACAGGAUCCAAGGCUUUAGAUGAUAUAUUGAAUGGGGGAAUAGAGUCUCAAAGCAUAACAGAAUUUUAUGGAGAAUAUCGUUCAGGCAAAACAUAAAUAGCUCAUACUGCAUGCGUUCUGGCUCAAUCUUAAGAUCAUUGCUAAAGUCCAGGAAAAGUUUUAUACAUUGAUACUGAAGGAACCUUCAGACCUGAAAGAAUAUGCUAAAUAGCUUCGCACUACGGAAUGGAGGGUGAAUAUGCCCUAAGUAAUAUAAUUUAUGGGAGAGCCUAUAACGUAGAUUAAUAAAACACAUUGCUUAUUAAAGGAGCCCAAUUAAUGGUAGAGGAAAAUUGUUUUGCUCUACUAGUUGUUGAUUCAAUAAUGGCUAAUUUUAGAUGCGAUUUUUCUGGAAGAGGAGAUCUCUCUGAAAGACAAUAAGCACUUGGCAAGUUUAUGAGCAGAUUAUAAAGAAUGGCUGCUGAAUUUAAUAUCGCAGUGAUUAUAACAAACUAAGUUAUGGCUGAUCCAAGUGGAGCCAUGACUGGAGGCGCUAUACCCUAGCCCAAGCCAAUUGGAGGCCAUAUUUUAGCCCAUGCAUCGACAUAGCGCUUAUUCAUGAAGAAGAAAACUGAUAACAUCCGUAAAGUAAAGCUGGUUGAUUCACCUUAUUUGUAAGAUAAAGAAGUUGAUAUUAUGGUUAGCGACAGAGGAGUAGGAGAUGUUGAAUGUGAUAAAAAGCCUUCUACUGGUUGA